AUGCCGCCAAAGCGACUUGAUCAGCUUCCUCCAGAGCUCUUUCAUCGAGUGACGGAUCAGCUCGAGCUUCCGGACAUCAAAAAUCUUCGCCUCAUCAACCGCGCGCUCGAACACAUCGUGACCGACGACAAUUUCCGCUCUCUGUUUGUGAGCAAACGCGUCGAACUCACUCGUCGCAAUCUGGAGAAGUUCGCCUGGAUCACCGAGCACUCACCACUGGGAUGUCUCCUGCAAAAUCUGACGCUUGUGGGCGUUGUGUAUGACCCAGGACACCUUCUCAUGCUCAGUGAAGGCAACAAAUACCAAGCACUGAGUUAUUCGAAUGACCAGAUGGACCAAAUGCAGUCAAGUCUCACGAAGGAGCUCGACUCACUCAACCAGCGGCGGACGGAGCAGGAUAAAUUCCACCACUCUGGGAAGGAUGCGGGACUGCUCUCCACGGCACUGCGUAAUCUCGCAAAACAGAACCCGACCGGUCUGCACAGUCUGUCUACCAAGAUCAGCAUCUAUCGCUACGAUGGGAGCGCUAGCCUUACGCCUAAUGAGGCUCAGUGCUGGAUCUGGAUACACGAAGCAGCGAAGUGCACCUUUCUGCUCGCCAUGAAAUGCCUCAGGUACAGCAGAAUUUCCGUCCGUUCACUCGACAUUUUCCACGCGAAGCCGGCGUCCAUGAGAUGCGGUCUGCCAAGGGACACACUCACUCAAGUUGGUUGGCCAAGUCCAGAGAUGUACCAAUGGACGGCGCUCAGACAGCUCUCUAUCUGCCUUUCAGACCCGCUCCCCGUCCAGUCGGAACAGGAUAUGGAGACUGGUGGCUCCUUCAGCAUCAUGCACCAAUCGAGAGUCCCAGACACGGACUUGAUGGCCUCGAGCGACUUGCUCGGAGAUGAGCUGCACCUUCAAUCUCUUGCCACAAUGCUGACAGCAUGUCCCAACUUGGAGGUCUUGGAGAUAUCGGGGUUUCGUUUCGACGAAGAAGAGUGGAUGCACUACUCCUUGCAACAUGUUCGAGACGCCGCGAUGGUAUUCUUUGCGCGCUUCCUCUCGCUCAUGCGCCCGCUGAAGCAACUUCGCCGUCUCCGCCUUGCUGGUUUGCGGUUGACUGAACAAGACCUUGUGGGACUGAUCCGAAACCACGGCGCCACUCUCCGCGAUCUUGAAUUGGAACACAUCGUCUUCGUCGAAGGAGGUUUGGACCGACUGUUUUCCUGUCUAGGUGGCAGAGAUUAUGCAAGCAACGGUCUGACGCUCGAUCGGAUUCUCCUGAAAGAUCUGUGGGUAAACAUCUCGCCGAUCACUUUCACCCGUAGCGAGGAUGAAAAAUGCACGCAGAUUUCCGGGGAAAAUAUCACUGAUAACACAAUCCUGCGGACAGGAGAAGAUGCGGCAAGAAAGGUGAUUAUGUACGACGUCGCCGAUGGCUAUGGGCCAUCCAUACGCGGCGGAUCACCUUGGGAGGGACGGAGUUUGGGGGAGUUCGGUGUGUGGAGACGUUGA